GCUCCUCACCAUCCCGUCAUCGUCGUUGCGGAGGCAAACAGGCAGGGCGAGAUGCGACAGCAUAUAAGGAGUGCCAUGCCUCUUCCCUCGUCGUCGUCCUUCAUCCGUCUCUGCCACCACUCCAUCCAUUCAGCACCUUCCCUCACCCUCCACCCUCAACCAUGCUCGGUAUAAAAGCUCUUCUCAACGACCUGCUGCACUACGCAAUCGUCACCUUGGCCUUCACUUCCUUGGCCCACGUCUGCGGCAUUCUGUCCCUCCUCCUCGCCUUGAUCGUCCUACCCCUCAUCAUUAUCAUCGACCUCACCAGCUUCCUCUUCGAUCUUGUCGCAGCAGAGGUCAUCAGAGCCUUCAAAGAGGCCAACCGCUACUGGGGUACAGAUCGAUUGAUCAAAGUCGUCGUCGGCGAAGUCGAGGAGUGCAUACAGACUAUCCGCGAAGCUAGGGAGCAAGAGCGUGUUCGCCUCGUCACUGGCAAAAGGCUCACUUCCGCUGCUGUGUGCGCUGCAGAGGAGAAGAGGAAGACGAAGAAGAGGGGAUACCUGUCCACCUUGGCCAUGUCGCGACACUCUCCCUUCCGCGAGUCCGUGGAAGUGGAAGAGCCCAUCUACCGGGCCCUCUCUCCGCGUCUCGCUGAACUUCCCCAGGAACUCAAGGAACAGAUCUUCUCCUUUCUCCUCCAUUCCACGUCAAGGAAAGGCACCUACGAUAUCACGCCCCUGCUGCUCUCCUCUUCGCUGCGAGACCUCUACCAGCCGCACAUCUACAAUGUCGUUCAUCUCUCCAACUCCUUUUCCUUUCGAAAGCUCCGAGAGACCCUUGUGUUGCACAAUGCACACCUGGGCACGCUAGUCAAGGAGCUCACAUUCGCCUCGAACCAAUUCGACGAUACGGGGUACCUUGCCGAUCCUCUAGCACCCGUCAGCGCUCUCUCCACAGGCAUCGAGCAGCUCCUCCUGAGCAUGCCCAACGUCUCCUCGCUCGCACUAGACCUCUAUUCUCUUGCUGCCCUCUUCGAAGGAGACGCGCUGCGUCGUCUAGAAUCUGGACCUCGCCCCACGAAGCUAAAAAUUGAGCUGACAAUCCCGCAGUACCUCGAUAUACCGCUGUACCUGGAAGUGGAGGAGCUGGAGAUUGUCUGUUUCGGAAUCGACGAGAAUGUCGCACGAGAGCUCAGGGAGACGCUCCCACGCCUCAAGAAGCUGACGAUGAGGCUGGUGCGCAGAGCAGGCAGGGACGGAUCUGUCACGUCGGAGAUGGUGUCCAACGGCGGCGUGUGGGACGACGAUGAAGACCCCUGGCACGAAGAGCAGGGGAUCCGAUUGCCCUACUGGUCCGAUUCCCGGACAGGCGCCAAAGACGCCAAUGAAGUCAUCAAGGCCAUUGAGCUCCUUCGUUCCUGGCCGGGCAAGGAACGCCGCAGCGGCACGCGCUUGGAGUCUCUCACUGUCCUCAGCUGGGGAAGUGCUACCCGUGAAUUGCAAAAGUACUUUGGGUACGAGUCACCCCUCCAAAAGAAGAAGAAGGCCGCAUCCGAAACUGUAGAGCCCUCCGGACUCCGACUGUCCCCAUUGCGGUUGCUAGAGGAGAAUUCAGUGGUGCGCUUUGAGGAGGAACUGGAUACCCUGAUGGAGCUGCAGAGGGUGAAGGCAAAAGAAGAAGACGUGGCUCCUCUACCGAGCAUCGUGAGCACCACUUCAUGCAACGACGCUUGUUCCUCUUCUGGUAGCCCAGCAACCUCAUACUUCACCUCUGGUAGUACGAGUCCCGACGGAGUGGAACAAGCCUGGAAGGAGGCCUCCUCGCCCAAUCGCAGCCUCUGCCCCGCUCCCUUACGACUGGACUUUGACGCUUACAGACACUUUGGCCCACGCAGGGGAAGCGUCCUCGCUUGGACCGGUGCGAAGCCUGAUUUUCACUGAGGUGGUGUGCAAGAACAAUUUACUUUGCUCUCUCUGGCCAUGAGGCGGCCGCAUCUAUUCCUGCUCUUCCUACCAUUACUAUAGCCCACCUUCUGAUAUGUUUCAUGCCUACUGUAUUAUAGUCUUCUUCGCCAUAUCACGGCCUUGCUAUCGCGUUUCGCCUCAGACUCGAAUCUACAUCUUAUGCUCAUUCAUUCUCAUUACGCAUCCCUCCUCCGUCCAACUUAAGCACACUCCUGACUCAUCGUCUGCGACUCGACUGCUCCCCUCUGUCCUCUAUCCAAGCCAUCCAGCUCCUUCAUAUCCUCCUGACUCAACUCCCAC